GAGUUGGAGGAAACAAGAACCAGUGUGUCUUUCUUCUUACAAAAUCAAUGGCAUGCUUAAACCUGCAACUCAACAAUGAGCAGCAACAAGGAGGGUUCUUGGGGCCAAGAAUCUCUUUCUCAAAUGAUUUUGGUGAAACAGCAGCAGCCAACAUGAAGCACAGCACUACAACUUACACAGAAGCUCCUGUGUCUUCUGAUUUCGAGUUUUCGGUCCCUUGUUUCGCUUCGAAUUCUGCUGAUGAACUCUUCUUCAGAUCAUCAUCCAAGAUUCUGCCAUUGAAGGAGAAGGUGGUCACACUCAGAGAUGAGCUUCUUGCUGCUGCUGCUAAUGAUGAUGAUGAUGAUGGAAUUUUCUUGCCAAAGAGUUCAGGGUGGUGGAGGUUUGGAAGAAGUCAAACUCAAAGUCAAAGUCAGAAUCACAGUGUGUGUUUGGCUGCAAAGAAAGGUGAUCAUAAGAAUCAUGGUGGUUUGGAGACCAUAGAUGAAGCAAACCAUUAUCACAGGAAAUGAUGGGUACCGGUGUGGUCGAUGAAUUAGGGAAGUGGCAUAUGAUUUAGCUGUAAAAUGGAGGGUGGAUCUUCAUCUUGGUGUUCUUAUCUUAGGUUAUGAGAUGGUAUCUGAGAACUUGGUGAUAGAUUUGUGUGUAUUUUCUGUAUUUUGUACAAAUAGUUCAACCAUAUGAUAUGAUUUUAGUUAAGAUAUUUUCUAACUCUGUAUAUGAGAGGGGCAAAUUAUUUAUACUAUGUCAGAGAGGUCGAUAUGGGUACAAGUGUAAGAUUUACUGGUUCGUUUCGUAUUUGAAUCUUUUAAGGUAUUUUAUUCAUAUGAAA